CAUAAUGUGGAGAGUUUUAUGCUUUAAUGGCUGUGAAGCAUUGGAAACGCCACCGCGGGAAGGCGGCACACUGCAGACGACCCCUUGCGUGCCGCGUCUUGCCCUAUGGGAGUCCGCGCGAGCCGAGCGCCUGGGCGGCGCGUUCGCACCGCGCGCUCACGACGCGCGUCUACACAGCAAGAGGAGGCAACUUUGAAGAGGGCGCGUUGCAGCGGCAGAGCUGCAUCCUUGUCGCGACUAACAACUUACUUUUUUUUUUUAUUUUGUUCCUGUAAGUUGUUUCUUUCUGUCAGGUAACCGAGCUCUGGCGAGCGACGUUUCAAGUUUUUCCCUCUCUUUUCGAAGGUACCUCAGCACACGAGAAAGUUCCGUGUGUGUCGAGUAGCGGCUCGCGAAGUGACUCACUCAGUGCCGCGGUCCACCGUCGCCCAACAUGAUGGCCGUGCGCUUUCACAGCAGGGCUACACGAUAAACGGAGGAGACAUUCAGACGCCUUGACUCCAUUUGUUCGCAUCUUUGUCUGCGCGCUUCUGGAGGAGCUCUGCGUCCGGCCCCCUGAGGGCUGUGUGUCGGGCGGCGCGGGGAUGAUGUGAGCGGGAGCGCGCUGCAGCCGCGCGCCUCGGUCGUCACACGUCUUGUCUGAGCAGCCGAAGGAGAACCCGGAGGAGAAGGAGGCGAGAAGGAGGAGCGGCGCCCGAGGUCCCCCGAAGCGGCGCCAGGAUGAGCGCCGCCGCCGUGGUCGCGGACGAGGAGGGCGCGCCGGCGGAGAGCGGCGCGCAGAGCAGCAGAGACAACGACCGGCAGCUGCGCCUCAGGCUCUGCGUCCUCAACGAGAUCCUGAACACGGAGCGCGACUACGUGGGAACCCUGCGCUUCAUACAAUCCGCUUUUCUGCACAGGAUCCAGCAGACCCCAAAUGGACAGCAGUGUCUCUCCCCAGAGAACGUGAAGGUCCUCUUCUCCAACAUCGAGGCUAUCCUGGAGGUCCACAAAGAGGUCCUCGCAUCCCUGGAGUCCAGCCUGCAGCCAGAGCCCACUCCGCAGCACGCGCUCGGACACGUUUUCCUGCAGUUUAAAGAACGAUUCUCUGUGUAUGGAGAAUACUGCAGCAACCACGAGAAAGCCCUGAAACUGCUAAUAGAGCUCAACAAAAACCCUCCUGUCAGGACCUUCUUGUUGCACUGUAUGCUGCUGGGAGGGAAGAAGACCACAGAUGUUCCCCUGGAGGGCUACCUUUUAUCACCCAUCCAGAGAAUUUGCAAAUACCCACUCCUGUUGAAGGAGCUGCUGAAGAGGACACCGAAAAAGCAUUCUGACUAUCCAGCAGUGGAGGAGGCUCUGCAGGCCAUGAAGACAGUCUGCUCCAAUAUUAAUGAGACGAAGAGGCAAAUGGAGAAGCUGGAGGCCCUGGAGCAGCUCCAGUCUCAUAUUGAGGGCUGGGAGGGGACCAAUCUGACCGACAUCUGCACAGAACUGCUACUGCAUGGGAAUCUGCUGAAGAUAUCGGCAGGCAACAUCCAGGAGCGAGUGUUCUUCCUCUUUGACAACCUCUUGGUGUACUGUAAGCGGAAAUCAAGGGUUUCAGGGAAGAAGUCUACAAAGCGGACCAAGUCCAUCAAUGGGCCUUUGUAUGUUUUCAGAGGUAGAAUCAACACAGAGGUGAUGGAGGUCGAAAAUGUGGAAGAUGGAACAGCUGAUUACCAUAGCAAUAAUUACACUGUGACCAAUGGCUGGAAGAUUCACAACACCGCCAAGAAUAAGUGGUUUGUGUGCAUGGCGAAGAACGCAGAGGACAAGCAGAAAUGGCUGGAUGCCAUUGUUAAGGAGCGUGAGCAGAGGGAAAGUCUGAAGCUGGGCAUGGAACGAGACGCCUACAUGAUGAUCGCAGAGAAGGGGGAGAAGUUGUACCACAUGAUCAUGAGCAAAAGCCGCCAUCUGAUCAAAGACCGUCGCCGAAAAUUUGCCAUCGUCCCCAAGUGCUUUUUCGGAAACGAAUUUGUGUCCUGGCUGAUAGAGAAUGGAGAGAUCAGCAAACCAGAGGAGGGUGUAAACUUGGGACAGGCCUUGCUGGAGAAUGGCCUCAUCCACCACGUGUCUGACAAACACCAGUUCAAGAAUGAGCAGGUUCUGUACCGAUUCCGUUAUGAUGAUGGAACCUACAAGGCUAGGAGUGAGAUGGAAGACAUCAUGUCAAAGGGCGUGAGGCUCUACUGUCGUCUCCACAGUCUCUUUGUUCCAAUUGUCAAAGAUAGAGACCAUCAUCUGAAAACAUUCAAGUCAGUGGUUCCAGCAAGCAAACUAGUGGACUGGCUCCUGUCUCAAGGUGAUUGCUCCACACGAGAGGAUGCUGUGAUGCUUGGCAUUGGCCUUUGCAACAGUGGAUUCAUGCACCAUGUGCUGGAGAAAAGCGAGUUUAAGGAUGAAUCCCAGUUUUUCCGCUUCUACGCCGAUGAGGAAAUGGAGGGCACCAGCUCCAAGAACAAACAGCUUCGCAACGACUUCAAGCUCAUUGAGAACAUUAUGGCCAAGUCUCUGCUGAUCCACCCUGAGGAGGAUGACUAUGGCUUUGAGAUUGAGGAGAAGAACAAGGCCAUCGUAGUGAAGUCUGUACGCAGGGGCUCCCAUGCAGAGAUGGCUGGACUUCAGGCUGGAAGAAAGAUCUACUCCAUCAAUGAGGACCUGGUGUUCCUCAGGCCUUUCACUGAGGUUGAGACCAUGAUCAACCAGGCUUUCUGUAUCCGUCGCUCUUUGCGGCUGCUUGUGGCCACCAAGCCGAAGGAGGUUGUGAAGAUCCCAGACAAUCCAGAUACCUUGUCUUUCAAAAUCCGCGGAGCAAGACCCCCUCAUGUGCAUGCUGUGCGGAAAGGUUCAGCUGCCGCCUUUGCUGGCCUCCAGCCAGGACAGUGCAUUCUCAAAGUCAACGGCAACAACGUGAACAAUGAGAGCUACCUGGAAGUCUUGGAUCACUUUGCUGCUCACCGCGUUAAUCAGGAACAACAGGAGUUGGGACUUACACAGUGGGUCUACAGAACAUUUGAAGACGCAGAAGAGGAAAGAGCCUUCAGGCCUAGUAUAUCGGAGAUGGGCUCCGACACAGAGAAUGAUGUCACAAACGGAACAGACCCAGUGAAAGCUUUAGGGAAGCUGACCAUCUCAGAUAACGCUCCUCUGGUCAGCCUGACUGUUGACAAUGUCCACCUGGAGCACGGCGUCCUCUACGAGUAUGUCAGCACUGCUGGGGCCAAGAGCCACGUACUGGAGAAGAUGGUAGAACCAAAAGGCUGCUUCAGCCUUGCAGCCAAGAUUUUGGAGGCGUUUGCUGGAGAUGACAGCCACUUUGUCAAGAACUGCAGUCAACUCAUCUCACAGAGUGACCGUGUGGUGACCAUGCCACAGUAUGAGUUCAGGAACAUCUGUGACACAAAGCUGGAGAGCAUCCGCAGACGCAUCCUUAGCUACCAGCAGUUUGCGCGAGAGCUGAGGGACAAAGCCUGGCCCACGUUCAAGCAGGCCAGCAGCCAACCCCACCGGCUCAACUGUACUGACUUUGUACCCACCAACUGCCACAUCAACCUGAUUCAGGUCUCCUACCCCAAGAACACGACCUCCGCCGGGCGCACCUUCAGCAUUCGCUUUGGCCGCAAGAACUCCUUCUUUGGCCUUGACCCCGACCAAGCCAACCUGAACCCCAUGUCCCACACCCAGCACUGUAUCACCAGCAUGGCUGCGCCCUCCUUCACCUGCCAGAGCCUGGAGAACGGGGAGGAGGAUGGUGAGCUCGAGGCAGACGGAGGUCCGCUUGACAGUAGCAUGGAUGGGCGCUCCCUCCAGGAACAGGGUGGCCUGAGCUUCCUCCUGAAGCAGGAGGACAUGGAGACCCAAGAUGCUUACAUCCGCCUUUUCAACCGCAUGGACGUUGCCGUGAGGGAGAUGAAGCAGUAUGUGGCCCAGAUUGAUGUUCUAUUGUCCUCUAUAACGGAGCCCACCCAAUCCGAGGGAUACGAACCUCCUGCUGCCGAGGAGGCGCCGCCUGCCUCCCUUACAGCCGAGGAGAGUGACCUGGACAAGUCAGAGCACGGCGGGAUCAAGAAGGUCUGCUUCAAAGUGUCCGAGGAUGACCAGGAGGACUCUGGUCACGACACCAUGAGUUAUCGGGACUCGUACAGCGAGUGCAACAGCAACCGGGACUCAGUGCUAUCCUACACCAGCGUGCGCAGCAACAGCUCCUACUUGGGCAGCGACGAGAUGGGCUCAGGUGAUGAGCUUCCCUGUGACAUGCGCAUCCCCUCAGACAAGCAGGACAAGCUGCAUGGCUGCCUGGAGCACCUCUUCAACCAGGUUGAUUCCAUUAACAGUCUACUCAAAGGGCCGAUCAUGAUGAAAGCCUGUGAAGAAACCAAACAUUUUCCUAUGGAGCACAGCCAGCCAGAGUUGAGUCAGACUGAUGAUUGGACAGCUCACUGUCGCUACAUAAUCCACAAGAACAUCCAGGAGGACCCGUGGAACCUGCCCAGCUCUAUCAAGACCCUUGUGGAUAAUUUGCAGAAGUUUGUCGAGGAUGGGAAGAACCAGCUGCUUCUUGCGCUGCUGAAAUGUACAGACACAGACCUGCAGCUGCGCAGGGAUGUGAUCUUCUGCCAGAGUGUACUGGGGGCCCUCUGUACCCUGACCGAGCAGCUUCUGGCCGCUCUCAGCUCCCGCUAUAACAACUGUGGCGAGUAUGAGGAAGAGAGCAAGGAGGUCAGCAAGAAGUGGCUGGAGCAGAUUGCUGCCAUCGGGGUCCUCUUCAACUUCCAGUCCAUGCUGUCUCUUCAUAUGAAAGAGGAGCGCACCAUGCUUGAGGACACCAAGGCAGCCUUGCUUGAUCUGGACAAAGUCAGUGUUUACUUCCGCCAGCUUGAGGACGAAUGUCUGGUUGCAAACACGUCCGUGUGCUACCACGUGGAGGGCAGCAGGCAGGCGCUCCGGGUCACCCUGUACCUGGACAGCUGCCACUUCUGUGAGCUCCCCACCCGCCUCCAGAACGGAGGAAGCCUCAAGCUCCACACCGUACUCUUCACCAAAUCACUGGAGAGGCCAGACGGCAUGGCACUACAAGAUAGUGUGUCCAUAGAGGAGUUCCAGCAACGUACCAAUGCUGUCUCUCUGGAGAAGGCCAAGUCCUACUAUCGCAAGCUCAGGGCCUUUUACCUGGAAAAAUCCAACCUACCCACAGACUCAAACAGCACUGCGGUGAAAAUAGACCAUCUGCUGCGGCCCCUCAAUGCCCUGGACGACCUCUGCCGGCUGAUGCAGACCUAUGUCAACGUGAAACCCAGCACUGCAGGCAGUGGGAGCUCUCAUCCGUCGGGCAUCAGCGUACUGCCAGUGUCGGCUGAACUCUGCAACCGGCUGGGCGCCUGCCACAUUGUCAUGUGCGGGACCGGCAUGCAGAGGUGCACCCUGAGUGUGUCCCUAGAGCAAGCAGUCAUUCUUGCACGGAAUCAUGGUCUGCUGCCACGUUGCGUCAUGCAGGCUACCGACAUAAUGCGCAAACAGGGCACCAGGGUUGAAAUAUCAGCCAAAAAUCUCAAAGUGAUGGAUCAAAUGCCACCCUCUGCACCAAGGCUCUUCAGGUUAUGUUUACCACCUUCUGAUGGGGAUCUAUGUUAAGGAGCAACUUUGUUUCAUGACAUAGUGAUGUAGUUCUUUCCUUGUUUGCUACUCAUUUGGAUUGAAGAGACCCAAGUCCCUUUAGGGAGGGUGAGGAGGUGGCAAGAGCGUAAGGAAGCCACACAGUCUCUGGAAAGCUUUGCUGAUCCUCACAUGGAAGCUGACAUAGGUUUAGGAGGUUUGGACACCUUGAAGUAUGAUCCUGAGCGGUAGAGGGAAGGAACGUUCUGGAAGAAGCAGGCGGCUCAAGACAUAGUGCAGACCUGGACUCUUGGGCCCUUCUGGGUCAGCUGUGCUUCUUGGAGGCCUUCCCUCAAGGAAGAUCCGGUGGAUGGGAAGCUACGGCGCACCCCUGCCCUGCAGGCCAUGCCUCACAGUGCGGGGGGGGCACAUGAAGCAUCCUUAACUGUAUUACUGAAAGUACAUGCCAUGGACCGUGGUACUGUACCCUGCCGUGCACUGCAAUUACAGUGUGCUGUGUGUCACACUCAGUCCUUGGCUAUUUAUUGCUUGUUGGACACAGAUAUAGAAGCCGAGUGCUGGCAGCAGAAGGAAACUGGGGGGGGUCAAUGGGGGCAGAGCUAUGUUGUGACGGUCCACAACACCCCACCCCCCAAGGUGGAGAUUGGGGUCCUACUGUGACUGAGCAGACAGCCGAGCGACUCCACACCAACUGCACUAUACAGAAUUAGUGAAAAAUACCUUAUGGUUUCUACUGUCCAUCAGAAUGUUGAAGUGGCGUUAAACCUUUACUCCUCAGUAAUUUCAGGUAUUAAAAAGGUGAAAAACUAGAUGACUUUUAAAGAAUAGAUUGUACCAUAUUUAAUGGCUCCAAUAUUUUGUCUUUAAAUCUUUGUUUUUUUUUUUUUUUUUUAAACUUUUUUUAAUGAACCAGUAUUGCAGUAGAGGAAGCAAAGCAGGAUAGGACUGCAGAAAUAUUCAGAGUAUCUUUGCGAAAAUAUUAAUUGAGCCUGUUUUCUUAAGCUAAUAAUGGUUGCUUUUGCCAAUUUGUAUUAAUGUAAAUUGUUUAGAAAAACAAAAAAAAACAGUGUGACCUUUCUAAAGUUCUUUUCUGGUAACAUACUUAAGCACAUAUAAUUUUUUUUAAUUAUUAUUUCUCCAGAGGGUGGUGUAAUAACCUAAAAUAUGCGUAACAGGAAAGAUUACCAUGUCCUGUAGAAUUAUCUAAAUAUAUUUUAUUGCAGGAAAAUUUAUUUAAAAAAGGAUCAGUGAAGUAUAAAAUAUUGUCAAAUUUUACUUAUGUUGUAUUUUUUGUACAUAUUUAUAACAAGAUUUUAUUUUCAGAGGGACCAACAUAUAAUAGAUAGCAGUGUUAUAAUUUAUGAAAACAUGAACAAGAUGCAAUAUAUAAAGUAGAACAUGUCAACCUUUGUAAUAAUACUGUACAUUGGCACAAACUUGAUAAAGACAAUGGACACUGAUGACACUUGGGUCUUUUGAAAAGCUCAGUGAUGUUGACGUAUCGUUGGGAAGUCGCCAUUUCUGAUCUCUAGGGGGGAGUGUUGAGGCUCAGGCCGUCGGAAAGUGCCGCUCAGAAGGGCUCUCUUCCGCUGUGUGACUCUGGGCCAAGCGUGUGAACGUACUUUGCCCCUACGUUGACUUCACGCGGCGGCACAGUGACGAAGGAAAGUGACUCCUUUAAAAACGACUGCAGGUAACUGGCAGAGAGCAACAGACGUCAUUUCUGGUGCCUUCGCCUGCUGUAACAUUAGUGUCGCUGGUCGUGUUCCUCUAAGGGGACGUUCGCUCAGCGUUUGUGCGCUUUUGACCAGUUUAACCCCUUUUUGCACUUGGACAUCAGCAGACACAGAAAGGAAGAAGUUUAUACCCUCAGCAACAUCCCUUUUUUUUUUUUUUAUUUAAAAAAAAAAAAAAAAAGAUGCUUUCUAUCCAGUUGAAUUAUCAGAUUCAGGAUGGGGGUCAGAGACCCGUUUCCUUAUUUUUUUGUAACAGUAUUAGCCUUAAGCAUCUUCAUGCAGCCUCAUGCAAUUUUUUUAAACUAAGUUUGUCAUUGCCAGUAAACUGUUUAUUGAACCGUAAAAUAGUUCAUUCUACUUUUAGACAGUUAUUCAGACUGAGUGUUUUGUUUUAAACACAUCCGAAUGACCCUGAACAUCUUUCACAAUGAACCACUUGUUCUACUGAGAGCUGGAGUGCCGUGAUCCUCCACUUAUUGUUACCGUGGUUCAGGAAGCGUAACGCUCAUGGGAGUGCGGUCGUAUAAAAAUUGUUGCGUCCUACGAUAGUUGAGGCAUUACUGUGUUAUUACAGCACACACUCCUUGCAUGUCAGUAACAUGUCCUGUGUCUUGACUUUGGAGGGCAGACUAGCUCAGUAUCUCUCUGUUCAACUAAUGGCAACAGGAAAGUGCUGCACAAGAGUAGGGCUGUUGGACAGCAAGGAGCCCUGGGUCCGAGUCUCUCUAUUUAUCUGCUUUAGGUUACAUAUUCAAGUCCGUAGGGGUGGCAAGAAAGGGGUUUUUAACUUUUACUGGUGCUUUCAAUAGGUCUCUAUCAAAAACAUCCUUGAUUUUUGGGUUGUGUACAAAAGUGAUAAAACAAUUAUUUCCCAGUUACUGGCCUUUUAUGACUUUUGGCAACAUUUCUGAAGGUGUUAACCAUAUAUUGAAAAGGGAAGUCCUUCUGAAUGUGAUGAAAGUAUUGUUUCACUGGACAUUCAGGAAAAUUAAGACCAUUUGAAAUGUACAUGCAUGUAUACCACCGCAGAUUUGUGAACAGAAAUAAAGAGCAUGUGUAGAACUAAUCUGCUUCCAGUUCGUUCUCCAACACCUAUAUUUUAAAUUAUACAGGAAGGCAAGUUGUGGUGUUUUUAAAAAUGUGUCUAAAAAAUAAUGGCCACUUGAAAUGCCCAUCUAGAAGAUGUUUUUAUUGAAAGUCUGACUCAGAGGUUCAACUCAUUAUUAAAUAAUACUCCCAUAAGCUUCAUGCUCUAAGUAGGUCUAAUGCACCUGUGAGUAUAGCCUAUCAGUGGAAUGCGUGUUUGCUUCCUGUUUCUGUUUCCUGUGUGGUGGUCUUCAUGUGUGUGAUUUGUGUUGACUUCUUCAUACUGUAUGUCUUCAACUAAACAUUAAUUAAAAUGGAAAAAGUGAUCACUUUGCCGAUGGUUAACCACAACUGUCAUGAAGUCAUUUUAUUUCUUUAAAAACCAAGCAAUUGAUA